CAAAUGGAUGUUAGGGCGACCAAGAAGAAGCGCCUGUUGGGAUGUGUGGUCUCUGGUCCUGGUUCAGAGACUAAACCAUAUGAUUCUAAAAAGAAUCUGGACUAUCUGAAGUGGCGGUUUCGGUUGGAGGACGAGCUGGGAGCAAAGGACUGGAAGUGGAGUUGGAGGUGUUCCGAGAGUGCCUGUUCUGCUUCUGGGCCGCAGGCUGGGUCUCACAGAAUCAAGUCCCAGCAGUCUGAAGGGAGCGCCCCUGAGGAGGCCUCUGCAGAGGCCAGCUCCACGACUGGGGGAUCCCUGAGGAGAAAAAAGACCUCAGGAGAAGAGGAGAGGAGGAAGUUCAGGAUAGACGGAGAGGUGGUCCUGGAAGCUGACUUCAGGGAGGCCAGUGAUCACCUAACAAGCAGCCCAAAGCUCCAGAAGGGUGCGCAGAACAGGGAGAAGGAAGCCAUUGCUCUCUCUCCAAACCGCAGGGCCAUCUGUGUGUUGAAGGGAGACCCCGAUUACAACAUCGCGCUGGAGGAUUUGGAGGACAGCCAGGAUGAAUGGAUCUAUGAGGUGGAAGGCCUCUUCCAAGAAGUCCACGCCGAGGACCGUCUGAUUUACAUGAAGGGCAGAAUUUUUAAAGAGAUUGGGACAGCAGAACCCUGGAGGUGUGAGGUCCCUCACCCGCCCCUUCUGCUGUUGAGCGGUGGUGCAAAGACGGGCUCAACUGGUCCAUAGAGAUGAUACCUGAUUCGCAUCUGCACGGGAAAGAAGACCUUCCCCGGUAAGGACUCCAGCGGACCCACAAAGAAGUUAGGAAGAAUGUGAAGUCUUAAAAACGGA